CUUGUUGGCUCAGGCAAGGUACGAGUACCAAGAGGUUAAGCAUAAGGCACUCGCAGUGCUGCUACCGGUUUGUACGUACAGCCCGCAGGCAUGGAGGUCAAGGUUGGUGGGUUCGCGGGCUGUGUGUGUACAUGUACUCGUACCUUGCAAGUACCUCGACGUUGUACCCGUGGCAGGCCAAUGCAAGCUCAUGUGCAAAGUACGAGGUGCAUGUGCUCCAUCUGUACGGAGAGCUUGGUGCAUUUGACGUACAUGCACGUCCGAAACCGCGACUUGAUUAGCCUGCCUCACGAUUCUUGUUCCUCGAAGAGUUCUGGGUCGCGUAAUCGUUUUUUCGGGGGGGCUGUGGAUGUGGAUGCAGCGUUUUGUUUUACCGCGACACGUCUCUCGGGGGGCAGACGAAGCGAAAUUCAGCGCAGCCGAGGCCUUUUUCUUCGUUCAGAGUUUUCUUUGCUCCAAGCGAUCCAUAUCGACGUACCUGUGAUCGUACUGUACUUUGUACUCGUGCUGAAGAAUGCAUCGCGAAAUAUAUGCGCUGGCCGGGCUUGGCUCCGUCAUCCCCCCUCGUCUCAUCCACCGUCUCCGGGCUAUAAUAAGCCAUGGCAGCCAUCUCAUCGCACCCCUGUCCCCGGCACGCACAUCGCAGCCGUCACCUUCGACCCCUGUGCAGAUGCAUUUCACAGGCAUGAAGGGGAACAGGCAAGCUCGCGGCGCCACCUCCCAGGCGGACCACCACACAACGUCGCCGCCCGCCCCUUUUGUCGCCUGUGACCAGUGCCACGUAGUCUGACGAUAAAGUCACCUCACCCUCCAAGACGCUGAUGUCGUCCACAAGGCUGCUGCGGGAAGAGGAGACCGGCCAAGAGUCGGAGUUGGGAGAGCACGUUGUCCAUCCUUGGCCGCUAUGGAAGCUUUUUGUGAGGGCUGCCAAUUCCAGACUCGAAACGCUGCCAGGGGGAACCGUCAGUGCGCGCGCGUGAGACUGAA